AAAAAUUCUCAACAAUCGAUACUGUAAAAAUCGACUGAUCGAAUAAAAGUAAGAAAGCAAGAUGGCGAUUAUCUGAAAUAACCUCCAAAAUUUCAUCACAAACUUUAAUUAAGCCAAAAAUUAUUUAUUAAAUAAUUUAAAAUAAAAAAAAUCUAAAUAAAAAUGCCAGUACCUGUAGGAAAUUAUCAACAAGGUCCCUCAUGUUGGGAUAGAAUGAAAAUGGGUUUUGGUAUUGGAUUUUGUGUUGGCAUGGCAUCGGGUGCAUUAUUUGGAGGUUUUUCUGCUCUCAGGUUUGGAAUGAGAGGAAGAGAACUAGUACAUAGUGUUGGAAAAACAAUGAUCCAAGGCGGUGGUACUUUUGGUACAUUCAUGGCCAUCGGGACCGGUAUUAGAUGUUAAAUUAAAUUGUUCAUAAAAUUACUUGUCAUUAUUUUUUUUUAAAUGUUCAUUAAAUAAAAAUUGAUUUAUUAGAGUACUGGUUAAUUCGUUUGAAAAUUAAUGAAAUAAAUAAAAAUAAUUAGGUCUAUAAAUUACUUAUUUUAAAUAUUAAAAUGUUACCUUGGUCAGCUAUCACAGUUGUAUUGUCGAUAGGAUUUGAUUUGCCGGGAAUAUUAACUCCAAAACUCAAAUGACGGAUUUUAUGAGUUAAAUUAAAUUGAUUUGAAGCAUAUGGUUGGACAUCAUGAACUGAAAUUAUAAUUAAUUUAAUUAGAGAUUAUUAAAAAAAUUUUUUU